AUGAAGCUCUCUUUCAUCGCUGCUCUUGCUGUCCUCGGCACUGCCGUUGCCGUCCCUGCCGGACCUACCACCCAGCUUAAACCCGGCGCCGAGUGCAAGAAGGACGGAAGCCUUGGUAUCUGCCCCACCAAGGUCUGCGUUCAAAAACCUGACCAGAAGGUUGGCCACUGCGAAUAA